GGAAAGAAGGUUAGCGCGAGACCGAACCCAUCCCAUCCCCGGAUAUCAGCUCGAAAUGAACGCGAUAUAACCCUCUAGAACAAUACGGCUGUCGCCUCAAGAUCCUUCGCUCGCGUGAGAAUGAUCCCCAGUCGCGGACCCGCGGAAUUUUCGGCAGUUGUCCUUGGCAGUGAACCGAACCGGUGCAUCUCGUGGAGCGGAGGAGAUCCGACUCGACCUUGGCCUUCGCCGAGAUGCUGCACGUCGUCUGGAGUUCCAGUUUUUUCCUUUUGCCCCGCUGCUUCACUUUCGUCGACGACGUUGUUGUUGGCGGAUUUUUUAUUUGUUAUGUUGGAGAGAAUUGACAAGGACAAUGGAUUCCCAAAGAUGCAGCUUUCGGCCGUCACGCUGUGCCCGGGCAGCGGCCCACAGGAGUGGUGCCGAACAUCGGGUCGGCACACAAAAGCUUCUAGCACAAGAUUCGCAAGGUCCACUGGAAUGUCCAGGCGACCCUACGUGUCCCAAAUCACCACCCACUGAGUGCGGUUUAGCCCCGAGGGCACCAGACCGCAACCCUCCCUUCAACGUGGAGAGACUGCACUGAGCCUGGCCGAUUUUUUAAUAGAUCUUUAUUCACCCCAUUAGCACGUGAGGCACUGAUGAAAACUGGGCUUUUCCAGGAACUCGCUGAAUUGAAGAGGAUAUACGAUGAUGGGUGGAGUGUACAUUACGUAAA